AUGGAGCGUCUAAGCCUUCCGAUGGAUUUGGCAGAAGACAUACUCUCAAGGGUUCCGGCUAAAACUGUAGCACGAUUGCGAUCAACAUCGAAACAUUGGGAAGCUCUAUUGAAAUCUGGGAGCUUUGCUAAGACGCACUCUGCUAAUGCACCAAAGGAGAAGCCUCUGAUUAUCAUGUUGAUGGAUUUUAGGGUUUAUCUUGUGAGCAUGGAUCUCCGUGGAAUGCACGAAAACAAUGUUGCUCCAUCUUUUAAGAUAGCAGCUGAGCUCUAUUUGAAAGAUCCCCUUUGUAAUUCUUCUUCACAAGUCGAUAUACGUAACGUAUUUCACUCGGACGGCUUAUUGCUAUGCACCACCAAAGACAAUAAUCUCGUGCUUUGGAAUCCAUGUUCCGGGGAUACCAAGUGGAUUAAACCUAGAGACAGAUACAAGGAAUCAGACUACUUUUCUCUCGGUUACGACGACAAGAAAUCCUCCUGCAGGCAAUACAAAAUCUUGAGGGUGGAUCGUCAAGACGAUGCUAGGCCAAUCAAGAACGAGUACGAGGUUUAUGACUUGAGCUCGAAUUCGUGGAGAGUUCUUGGUGUGGCUACUGAUUGGUUUUUAGCAGCACAUCGCCGUGGCAUAUCUGUGAAGGGGAUUACUUAUUGGGUUGCUCUUGAUAUUACUCAAGCUGAUCAAGCUCGUGAGUUCUUACUAAGUUUUGAUUUUUCAACAGAGAGAUUUCAUAGUCUGUCUCUUGCUCUUCCUCAUCCGUUUCCUUUUAAGAAUGCGUCUUUAUCAGUGGUUGGAGAAGAGCAGCUUUAUCUGUUAGGUACUGAUCUCAAAUUAUGGGACACGGGAUAUAUUGGCUUGAGUAGUUUCCAAGCAUGGGUACUGUCAGCUAGUACCGUAUGGAGCAAGUCACUAGAAGUGGAAGGCUAUAAAAGGUACAAGUUUUCUGAUGGGAUGAGUUUUUUGGUAGACGAGCAGACCAAAGUUGUAAUGUAUUUGAGCCCCAACAACAUGUUGCACAUCGUGGGGGGAAAUAAACACAUCCAAGUCGAUGAUCUCGUUGGAGAUUCUACAUGCAUGUCAUCUUGCUCAGUUCUUCUCAAUUAUGUUCCAAGUCUGGCUCAAAUCUUACAAGGUUCUCUUCCAAGAGGAAACAAAAGGAAAGCACCAAGCACGUGA